AUGGCGAAGGAAGAUAUUGAAGAAGAGAGAGAGAUUCGUAAUGAUGCCUCUGAAAAUAGCUCUGACGAAGAAGGUGACGAUGUUUUAGAUUCUUCUGAAGAAGAUGACGAUGACGAUGAUGAAGAGGCCAUUAAGCGUGUUCGUGAAGGAUUUAUUGUCGACGAUGAUGAAGAUGAAAGCCAAAAGCGUAAAAGAAGAAAGCAUAAGAAGAGAAAGAGAGAAGAACGCACUAAUGAUGAUGAAAAUAAUGCUUUAGAUCAAGAUGAUUUGGAGUUGUUAAUGGAAAAUUCAGGUGCGAGACCUCAACCUAGUUCCAAUAAACUUAAGCGUCUUAAGAGAGCGUAUACCGAAGAUACAGAAGGUGCGGAGGAAGAAGAGAUAGGAGCCAAAUCUGGAAGGGGUGGAUUGACCGAUAUUUUCUCAGAUGAAGAUAACAAUGAAGAAGAACGAGCAGAUUUAGGUGAGACUCGUGUUGACGAUGAUCGUAAUAUAUUAGAUGAAUUCGAAGAUUUUAUCGAAGAAGAUGAAUAUUCUGAUGAGGACGAAGAACGUCAACGUAAGUUAACUCAGCAACGUGAACGUGCUCAAAAGAAAGGUCCAAGACUUGAUACUUCCAAAUUAUCCAAUGUUGACAGAGAAAGUUUACAACAGUUGUUUGAAGUUUUCGGUAAUGGUGCAGAGUAUGAAUGGGCAUUAGAGGCACAAGAAAUGGAAGAUGAGGGUAAUGGUGAAAACUUAGAACCUACUUCAUUGGACGAAGUUUUCGAACACGCAGAAUUAAAAGAACGUAUGUUAACAGAAGAAGACAACUUGAUUCGUAUUGUGGAUAUUCCUGAAAGAUUCCAAAAGUACCGUGCCAAUUUAAACUAUAUUGAUUUGGAAGGAGAAGAGUUAAAAAGUGAGCAAGGCUGGGUGGCCAAUAUAUUGUUCAUGGAGAAGCAGGGCUCAUUUAGUGGAUUUUUGGAAGAACCCUUUAAAGAAGCAGUUUCUAAGGUAGUCGAAUUCAUUUCAAAAGAUGUUUAUGAAGUUCCAUUUAUAUGGACUCACCGUCGUGAUUUCUUAUUGUAUUCAGAAGAAAUAAAAAAUGAGGACGGAAGCGUCACUAAUUCAGUUCAUAAAUUGUUAUUUGAAGAUGACUUAUGGCGUAUUUUCCAAUUGGAUAUUGAAUAUCACUCGCUUUACGAAAAAAGAGUAAAUAUAGAAAAAUUGAUAGAAUCUUUGAAUUUGGACGAUGACCUAGUUAAAGAUGUCAAAUCAUUGGAAACGAUGGUUGCAAUUCAAGAUUUACAAGACUAUAUUAAUUUUACUUAUUCCACUGAAAUACGAAAAUUAUACGACGACAAAGAAACCGAAGGAAUUGACGCUAAUAUAACCAAGAAACAUUCUAAAUAUGCUAUUUUUGAGAGAAUAAAAUCUAAUGUCUUAUACGAUGCGGUGAAUGCUUUUGGUAUCAGCGCAAAAGAAUUUGGUGAAAACGUUCAAGACCAAAGUUCCAAAAAGUUUGAGGUCCCUUACAGAAUUCACGCCACUGAUGAUCAUAUUGAAUCCCCCGAAGACUUGAUUGAAAGACUUUGUGAAGAUGACGAAGUUUUAUUCAAAGAUCCAAAGAAUGCUCUUAAUGCAGUCAGAAAGACCUUUGCAGAAGAAAUUUUCCACAAUCCUAAAAUUAGACAUGAAGUAAGAACCACGUUUAAAGAUUUUGCUUCCAUAAGAGUGGCGGUCACAGAGAAGGGGAAAGCCAUAGACAACCACAGUCCUUAUGCGGAUAUUAAAUAUGCCAUCAAUAGAUCUCCUGCUGAUUUGGUACGUAAUCCUGAUGUUUUACUUAGAAUGCUAGAAGCAGAAGCUGCUGGUUUGGUCGUCGUGAAGGUGGAAACAAAAGAUUAUGACAGUUGGUUCCAGUGUAUUUUCAACUGUUUAAAGUCUGAUGGAUCUUCAGAGAUUUUUGAAAAAUGGAAUAAAGAAAGAGAGUUUGUAUUAAACAUGGCUUUCAAAAGAUUAACAUCUAUGGUGUCUAUGAAUACUAAGGAAGACUUACGUCGUGAAUGUGAACGUUUGAUUGCAAGUGAAGUCCGUCGUAGGUUCUUAGCGAGAAUUGAUCAAGCUCCAUUUACUCCAUUUGGGUUUGAUAAAGGUACGAAACCAAAUGUGUUAGCGUUAUCUUUCGGUAAAGGUGAUUUUGACAGUGCUGUCAUUGGUGCAUUUUUAAGAGAAAGUGGUAAGGUUGAUGAAUUUUUUAAAUCCGAAGAUAAUCCUAUUAGGGAUCGCGAGAGUGAAGACAAGUUUAGCGGGCAAUUGAAAGAAUUCUUCGACAAAAACCUUCGUAAUCAAAAACCGGAUGUUAUAGUUGUUUCAGGCUAUAAUGCAAUCUCAAAGAAGCUUUUUGAUUCCGUUAAGUCUUUCGUUGAGACUAAUAAUGUUACUGCUAAUACAGAAGAAUUAACAGACGUCCAAAAUCCACCAUUAAUACAAGUGAUUUGGGGACAAUCAGAAACUGCAACUUUAUUUCAAAACUCCGAAAGGGCAAGAAUUGAAUUUUCAGAUAAGCCUACUUUGGCUAAAUAUUGUGUAGGGUUAGCACGCUAUGUGCAAAGUCCACUAUUAGAAUACCUUUCAUUAGGUGAAGGUAUUUUAUCGUUGACCUUUUUUGAACAUCAAAAGUUGAUUUCAACUGAUUUAGUUAUGGAAGCUAUUGAAUCGGCAUACGUGGAUAUCAUUAAUAUGGUUGGUGUCGAAAUUAACGAAGCAAUUCGUGAUCCAUAUAUUGCACAACUUUUACCUUAUGUUGCAGGGUUGGGACCUCGUAAAGCUUCUGGUUUAUUGAGAAAUAUCAAUUCGAAAUUAGGAUCUACAUUGGCUAAUAGAAGUGAUUUGAUUGAAAAUGAACUUUCAACUGCUAAUAUCUUUAUUAACUGCUCAUCAUUUUUGAAUAUUCCUUAUGAUGAAGGUUUGUCUAUGAGAGACUCAUCAGUAGAAUUAUUGGAUGCUACAAGAAUUCAUCCGGAAGAUUAUGACUUAGCUCGUAAGAUGGCUGCCGAUGCACUUGAUCUAGAUGAAGAAGACAUGGCACAUGUGGAAGAGCAGGGUGGUAUUAUUUAUCAGUUGAUGCAAGAUGGUGUAAAUAAAGUUGAUGAUUUGAAUUUAACUGCAUAUGGUAAAGAAUUAGAGAGCAAAUUUGGUAAAAAGAAAUACGCCACUUUACAAAGUAUCAAGGAAGAACUUGUUAAUAAUUUUGAAGAAAUCAGAAGGUCGUUCCAUAUUUUGGAAAGCCAUGAAGUUUUCCACAUGUUAACAGGCGAAACAACUGAAUCUUUUACUAGAAAUACGAUUGUACCUGUGACAGUUAAUAAGGUCGGUCAGAACUUCAGAGAUUUCGAAAACUCGAAGAUUAAAUUUGCAAAGGUAACAACUUCUUCUUUUAUCCAGGGUAAUAUUGAAGAGGCAAGUAUUCCUCAAGGCAUUGACCUUGCGCAAGGCCAGGUAGUACAGGCCGUUGUUUUGGAUGCUUAUUAUGAUUCUUUCACUGCAUCAUUUAGUUUACUCGAAGCAGAUAUUCAAAAGGGGGCUGCUCCUAAAUUUCAUAAAGAUCCCCUUAAAUGGAAUUUCGAAGCAGAGCAAGCAGACAAGCAAAAAGAAAUGGCAAAGGAAAGAGCACAACUUGCGAAAACAAGGAACAUUCAACAUCCGUUAUUUCACAACUUUAGCUAUAAGCAAGCUGAAGAAUUUUUAGCUCCUCAAGCAGUAGGGGAUUGUGUACUUCGCCCAUCUUCAAAGGGACCAAAUUACUUAACAGUCACUUGGAAAGUGUCUAACAAUUUAUUUCAACAUCUUAGUAUACAAGAAAAUACUCAAGGUAUGGGUAAGGAAUAUAUUGUAGAGCAUAAAAAAUACGCCGACUUGGAUCAAUUAAUCUUUCAACAUGUUCAGGCUAUUGCCAAACAUGUGGAUGAAAUGUGCCGUCAUCCAAAAUUCCGCGAAGGUACUAUGUCUGAGGUCAAUGAAUGGUUGGAAUCGUACACUAAAGCUAAUCCAAAGAAUAGUGCUUACGUUUUUUGCUUUGAUCAUAAAGCACCCGGUUGGUUUUUAUUAUUAUUUAAAGUUAACGUUAACACGCCUAUAACCACAUGGCACGUUAAAACAGAAUGUGACGGUUACAGAUUAAAAGGAUUCUCAUAUCCAAGUAUGCUUCGUUUAUGUAAUGGUUUUAAACAAACCUUCAAGAGUUAUGUAAAAGGUAUUGCGGAUAGAUCGAGAUCGACCAAACCUGCUCCUGUCAACAACCAAGCUCAAGCAAGUACAUACGGUGGAUAUGGUUAUUGA